UGGCAGCGCCACACUGUUGUCGAGCUUUUCACGAGGAAAUACACUAGUUUUGUGUGAACGAGUAGAAAGAAAUUUGGAACAGUAUUUGGAAAAAAAUGAUGAACGAAUUUCUGUUCACAGCGGAUUGCAAAGUAUUGCUGCCUGUGUAAGAGACUGGAGAGGUGCAGAGACUAGAAUAGCUACACCUAUAACGACAUGAUAGAGAGUGUAAGAGAUACAUUAGGCUACCGAUGUAAUGAUACGGCAGCUGAAAUAACAAACCCACACGGUUAUGCUACGUAUGCAGCCAGCCACUGAAACCACAGGAUUGGAAUUAUAUACCAACAAUAAUAGUAAACGGAUUGUUAUACCAGGGGCCAGUGCUGAAAUCGUUUUACACCUUACACAAUUAAGCUGUUAAUGUUCCAAUGGAGAAGUUUGGUACAUCAUCAGCCAGUAAAAAGUGACAGAAAAACUUGCUGACGAGGAAAACAAUAUACGUCAUAUGAUCGUUCUUUAAUGGGUGUUAAGCCGACGACCAGAAGUCCUCACUAUUACGAAGCUAUUGAGCCGUUUAGAAGGAACUAAAUAUCAUAGUUUCGGAGUGAAACAUGAAUGAAUUUAUUUUACAAACAAAUGAUAGCGAAAGAACGGCAUAAAUUACGAAAACAUAUUGAUGUAGAAUACUUAGAGUGCUGUUUUAAGUGAACGUUUCCACGUAAAUAUUUAACCUAUAACUUAUUGUUUGGAAGUACAUCUCGACAAAGAAACAUGUUCUAAACACUUUUGCGUUGUCAUUUUACACUGUGUUUUAAACAAACAGAGCUUAUCUGGUGUUGGGACUACAGAUGUAUAGUCUAUUCGUCGUUGACGAGAAACCGCUGUUCAUCAUCUAUAAGAAUAGACCGUUUAUUUCUGGCAAAUUCCCAGGAGCAAUUACCUAAAAAAAACGGACCAACCUAAGAUGUUCCCGUUUAAUUCUUUACAGGUAUUUGUCUCGUGGCAUUGUGUUGUUUAUAACGGAGAACUUUAAAGCUCAACAUGGAAAAUCCAGGUAGGCUAUAUUUACCGUGCGAAUCAAUCUAGCGUGUCAGACAUACAUGUAUAUACCCUUAGGCAACACGGCGUACAUAUGUAGGUCUGCAGGAGUCGUCAAUUGAUAAAUAUCGCUAGCUAUGUUCUGGUACACCGAGUUGUGAGAGAAGAAAACUAUAACGGGACUGCACUUUGUACAACUUGUUACUUACAGAAAUGGAUCUUCGUCAUGGAUGUGUUAUGUGUUUACGGAAGGAUAAACUGCGCUAUAAUAUAUAUAUAUAUGAAUGUAUCUGUGUUAAUUGAGUAUGUACGGAAUAUACACUGGCUAGUGUAAUAAGCGUAUGGAGUUAAUAUUUAUACUGUGGUAAGUGUGAUAAACUAUUCGACAGUUUACAACUGUAGGCACAACUGUUUUGUACUGUAUUUAAACAGAUAUGGCGGCUAAACCGAUCGAUAUUCUAAUACAAUCUGUGUUGUACCCGUCUGCUGAUAAGCGGCAGUAACGUUUUAAACAUUCCAUGUGAGUGAAGGCGUGUGUAUGUCAACACAGGUGAGUGUUUCCGCUAGAGAUACUGGGAUAUAAAGAUGGCGGCCUCCGAAACUAAAUCACCGGAGGCCCGACAGGUACGUUCUCUGAAAGAAAUUACGGAGUGUUAUAAGCUCCCAAAGUUCGUGAGGGUAGUUGGAGGGAAGGACCUGAAAGGUGUGUACCGAAGGACGGGGAUAAAGAAGGGUGAUUUUAUCUACCUACAUACCUUGGCCAUGGACAACGUUGGCCUGUCAUUUUUUGACACAGACACUGGGUCAAGGCGGGUCGCUCGUGUCCCAGCCAAGACAGCUAUCAAAUUCAAAAUUGUUUCUCCUAUGUCUCUCCUGUCUUCCGGGAAACAAGAUACACCAAAGAUAUUUUCAACCGUUGGGGAUCUGUUGGAUGUCUUUCCGAUGAAAUUCAAAGCCAAUAAGGGAUACGAUGACCCGUACUUGCCAGCGAUUUUCCGUAAGGACGAGGUUUUCAGAUUUCAUAGAAAAUUUCGGAGCCCAAUGGACGAACAAAUAUUUCUGGAAUGUGAGGACGAGGCCGGUAAUCUAAUCCAGUUACCGAAAUCAUGUCACGGUGACUUUUCAGUUCUGGAAGACGACAGAAGUUACACUUUGCAAGAAAUUAUAUCGUUUGGUGUGGUGUCUAGAAAACUAAAAAUGUCCAGCGAAAAUAUGACUCUGGUUGCCGUAGAGGAAUCUCAGAAUAAUGAAAAGGAUGAUGAGGAACCAAUAUAUGGUAAUAUAACAAACAAAGAGCUGACUCUGUCCAGGAUCACAGGGCUACCAUUGACACACAAAGGCAUCAUAACCAUGCAAAAACCAGAAGUGUUCUUCGUGGCGUCGCCAAGGGACAAUUUGGACGUCCGGUGGAAGCUUGAUCGUAACCUUGACCUAGAAGUGGUAUCUAGUACAGAAACUGAGUACGAGGAGCCCAUUUCAAAUGAGUACUCUCUACGUGACUUUGUUACUGAAUUCGAGUCGGAAUUCCCAAUCACCGCUGUUAUCACCAACUAUAAAUCAAUCCCGGGUGCGUUCCGAAAGCAUUUUUCACAGGAACUAGAGGUGCUCGUACACCACGUCGAACACGACCCGAAGUUGUUAGGAACGACGGGCAAAGACUACUUCAGUAUAUCAAACAAUGUGAAAGGUCGUUUUCGGAAAGCCUUAAGACGUUUCGGGUCAAUUCUCGACCUUAUUGAACUUAAUGAGCCAAUUAAUGUCAAGGUCAUGGAGGACAUUGCUUCUGACGUUCCCGCGCCAUUUUCUUUACGAAUUGGAGAUGUGUUAGUUUUCAAGUCAUUAACAGUUCUUAAAUACAAAAUCAAAUUCAGUAAAAAGAGUUACGUCGAUGUUCCGGUUGUGGGAUGUUACAAAAUUUUAGAGGACGGUUCAAAGAAGACGUUGUACCUCCAAGAUGAUUUGGACCUCAAACUUAUUGAAAUACCACCCCCGGGGAAGGAGAAAGGGUUCCGCGCCGACGCCGUAUUCUCUGGGCGUAUGUCACUACCUAUGGACGUCGACUUCUUGCCCAUUGAAAAUGCAAGAUCGCCGCUAUGCUGUGAUCGGGAAAUUAGCAUGGAGUAUGUAGUGUCCGACCCCUACGUCGUGGUUUCGACGCUACCAUCGCGACGCGCACGUCGUACGUCUGGUCUGGAAGCCAAAGUCGACGUAUGCAUGAAAGUGCCAAUACGUCAUGACGUGACUCUAAAGUUAUCCGAGAAACUGCAUUUUCCAACAAGCUAUUUCCGGUUUCCACCAAAAGAGAAUUGGGCUCAAAUUGAUGUUGAAGAACUCCAUAAGGAUGUGUAUGAUAAUCUAGUCAAGUACAGCGACCAGGCGUACGAGGACUACCAGCUGCCAGAUGUUCCUAAAGCGAGCGCCUCUGUCGGCUGCCUCGUUGAAAGAGCGAAGGAAGAAGAGAAGUACAACUUGAUGAAAAAGAAAAACAAAUCGAUGACCACCCUCCCACAAAGUUCUCGUCAGUCCAAGAAGCUGGAGUCCAAACAAGAUGACGUCCCUGCCUACAAAAGUGAGAGCGAUCUGAAAAUGGCCGCCGUCAACGAGUCUUUACAGGACGACAUUGUAUACGCUGAUGAGUGUAUAUACGAGAUGUACGAUCUUCCACAACCAAAGCCAGAACGGCCUCCUCGACCAAAAAAGUACCGAAGAAAAACCUCAAAAUUUUAGGCGGAUGUCUAUCACUAACGCGCCAAUGUGUUUAAGGGGAGAUAAUCGUCUAAAACAGUCGACGAGAACGUGACAAGGGACAUCAGGUUCCACGCACAGGGACCCGAUAAUUUGUUACAGCUAUAUUUGGACAUAAACUAAGAUGCUCAGAGUAAUUUGACAUGUUUUAUGGGUUUAGAUCAGCUUUGGGUAAAAAUGACAACCCAAAUAAAUAUUUACUCGUAUAUAUAAUCAUUGGGGUGUCAUAUCUACUGAAAGUCAUCUAAACACCUUAGUUUAGGUCCAAAUAUAGCUGAAACAAAUUCUCAGGUCCCUGUGGUUCCAAGGUGCUGUACUUUCAACCAGUAAACAUUAAAAACAAAUACUAUUUCUAUCUUUAAAAAAAUUCUUAAGAUAGGCAAUAGUGAAAUUGUGCAAUGUAGAUAUUUACAUGUUCAUUAUUUAUUGAUCGCUAUAUUUUCACAAGAUUUUAAGAUUAUAUCCUCCAUACCCCCAUUAAUUAUGUUUUAUCAUCUUUCAUUUGAUUCUUUAGGUUGUAAACUAGUUGAUGACUGUUUUGUGAUACUGUCAUUCAUCAAGAAAUUUUGCAAUUUUUCUAAAAAUGACAGUAAAACUUCAAUAGACAAUUUUAUUGCACGAUGAUAUUGUAGUCUUGUUUGAAAACACUAAAUGACUACUAUAUAUGCAUUUAGGUGUUGAAAAGCAAAAUGCCACUUAUCAAAGCAUGUAAAAUUAUCCAUGUAUUUCAUAACCUUCUUUGUAGAUGGUGAGGGUGGUACAGUCUCUGUCAGUGUUUCUAAAUGUCAAUCCAUAGCAAAGAUCUGUUGAUUAAGGUUUUCUAUGAUUCCCUCAGCAUAUUUAAAUUAAAUUAACACCAUGGUAUGAUGACAAUGAGGUUUUCAUUUAACUAGAUUGUGGUUAUUAUCAGUCAAGGGUCAAAGGUCAAACUUUUCAACUUUUGACAGCCAUUUCCAUUUCCGGGUGAGGUUGGUUGGUUUUUAUCCAAGCCCCCAGUUACAUUGUUUUAUUAGACAAAGGUUUGUGACAGUAAAUCAGUUAUAAUAUAUACAAAUUACAAGUACAGUUCCAAAUCUAUGUGGGCUGUUGGUAAAACCAUUUAGUAAUUCUUUUUAAAAGUCUACAAAAAACAAGAAGAUGGCUUCCUACAAUUCAUAUACAAGCACAAAAUUGUAUUUGUUAUAUAUGUCAAUGUUACAAAUAUUACAAGGUGGUGUAAUAAUUAAUCUAAUGUGUUGUCACUAUCCAUCCUAUACUUUUAGUACUCACAAGAUCAUGUGUUCAAAUUUUGAAUAAAUAUCUACUAAU